GUGAAUCUGUGGGAAAUAGAAAAACGGUCCCUAGAAUGACAUAGAAGCGGGUGAGGUGGGGUAGACCGAGACACCGGGACUAACGCAGGACUCGACACCUAUUUGGCUUCAUCCAGGUGCAAAAGCACGUUAUCUUUGGAAGGCAUAAAGCACCGGAGAAAAUGCUGAUUAAAGAAUUUCGAGUGAUCCUACCGAUUUCUGUGGAGGAGUAUCAGGUCGGGCAGCUGUACUCAGUAGCGGAGGCCAGUAAGAAUGAGACGGGUGGAGGAGAGGGCGUUGAGGUCCUGAAGAACGAACCCUACGAGAAGGAUGGAGAGAAGGGACAGUACACACACAAAAUCUACCACCUGCAGAGUAAAGUCCCGUCAUUUGUACGAAUGCUUGCACCAGCGUCAGCACUGAACAUUCAUGAGAAAGCUUGGAACGCCUACCCAUACUGCCGCACAGUAAUUACUAAUGAGUAUAUGAAAGAAAACUUCCUCAUCAAGAUCGAGACGUGGCACAAACCCGACAUGGGACAGCAGGACAAUGUUCACGGGCUAGACCCAGACACCUGGAAGAAGGUGGAGGUGGUGUACCUAGACAUCGCAGACCGCAGUCAGGUGGAGCCAAAGGACUAUAAACCAGAUGAAGACCCCACUAAGUUUAAGUCUGCAAAGACUGGAAGAGGGCCGCUCGGUCCGGAUUGGAAGAAAGAGCUACCUAAAAGGACAGACUGCCCACACAUGUGUGCCUACAAACUGGUUACUGUCAAGUUCAAGUGGUGGGGCCUGCAAAACAAAGUGGAAAACUUUAUUCAAAAGCAAGAGAAGCGCUUGUUCACUAAUUUCCACCGGCAGCUGUUCUGUUGGAUUGAUAAAUGGAUCGAGCUGAACAUGGACGACAUCCGCAGAAUGGAAGAAGAGACCAGGAGGGAACUGGAUGAGAUGAGAGUGAAGGAUCCAGUGAAAGGCAUGGUGGCUCUUGAAGACUGAAGCUGCUACGUGUUCCUGGAUGCUGCUGUUCAUAAAGAUCAGACCUGAACUACUGGAGACCAGCAGCAUCCCUCCCCUCAAUCAAAUCAAAGCAACAUGUCUUUUUAAUCGUAAUCAAAGUCCUUCAUCCAGCCCUUUUGGUGCAGUUUGUCCUGAGCAUCCUUCAUAUCCUCCUUUCAGUCUGACAGUGGAGCACAUUGACUAGUUAAAUAGGCUAUUAUACCGGUUCUAACGUCAUGCCCAGUUUAUGAAGUCUACCUACUUAAACAAAUACAGGGACGAUCAGCAGUUCAUCAUUUAUGAUGUCAGAUCAUUACCUUAAUAAAUGGAGCUCGGCAGAAUUGUGGUUUAAGAUGAGUUUAAUGUAAAGCAGAUGAUAUUUGUGUGUAUAUAUAUUCAGAAUAUCUAUUGGCUGUGGAAUUAUUGUGACAGAUGUAUAAACAGGGUUUUUAAGUAAUUGUUCUCCUAAUUUUUUUAUUUAUUUUUGUGGACCAAGCCGGUUUUCCUUGUUUUGUUUUAAUCUGUAGUGAUUUGUUUUUGUUGCUGUAUGUUUUAAUUUCAUUUAACCCAUUUUUUAACCUAUUUACCAGCUGAUCCAAGGUGUAAGUGUGUCUCUUUAUAGUGCAGUACUGUACAAUCACAGUCGUGUCAUCCUGACAAUUAAUUUAUUUGUAACAUGCAUUAUGGACUACAAGUACAGUUCAUAUUUAAAUGCAAAACACAGAGUUUAUUAUAAUCAGCUGAUCGAACAGUAUCACAUUCUUGAAAUAAGCUGAAGUUAAAAGUAUUGUUGUUUGUUAAUCAAUCAAUAUUAAUGGUUUCAUAGUCAUUUCUUCCACAGUUUCCUUGCAUGUGCUAUUUUAGUCAAGCUAUUUUAUUUAUUUAUAUAAAAAAGACAGGUAUACUGUAGCUGUAGCUCGCCCUCCCUUGGUUGUUUUUGAUUGGUUUACAAGAUCAGGCUCCGCCAUUUUCUUUAGUCAGUGACUGACUGACUGUCUUUGAAAGAACUUGAAGAGGCGACACUAAACCUUUUAGUCUUGACAUCUUUCAUAAAAGGUUUAUUACUAAUAUAGAAAAGUUUUUUUUCCUGACUAUUUUGCCAGAUGAGGUGCUCAAGGAGGAUAUUUUACGUUAUGCGCAUAUUUUAUAAAUGUAUAAUUCAUUUUCGUCUCACCUCCUUUCCAUUUUAUUGAAGGAUCGAUUAUAGUACUUACCCUUUUAUAACAUGUCUUGAGGAUAAAGACACAUUUAUCCAGAUAUUAGCAAUAAUACCUCCUUUGACAAACCCUUCCAAUCAACAUACAUGAUGUGAGAUAGUGACUUUAGAAGUGUAUAAUCCAUUCCCUCUCAGAAUGUUGCGUCAUUAGGACUUUAAUACAAAUAUACUCUCACUUCCAAUCGCUCCUAGUUUUAUUGAUAUGGAAUCGGGUAAGGAAGGUGAAAUGGGUUGAGUAUGGGUUUUUAAAUCAGUCUUUUCUUAGUAACGUGAUGUGUGUAUGGAUGUAUGUGCGUUUGAAGUUCUCAGUGUUUCUUGUUUUCGUGUGA